AUGAAAUUACCUUCGACAACAGUGCGUCUUUUAUUGCAACAUGUACAUUGGGAUGAACAAAGACUCAUGGAACAAUUUUUUGAUCCAGAUUAUCAAGAAAAGCUUUUUCGUGACGCAAAUAUUGUUAAUCCAUUCAAGCAGUCACCUAAUGUUGAUGGUGUCGAUGGUUUAAAAAGACAAUUAUCAUCAUCUCCUCUUCACUCUUUUCGUCGUCAAGGUUUGACACCAUCAACACCAACAACACCAUCAACACCAUCACCCAUGAUAAUGACACCACCGUCAUCACCAUUAAUAAAUUUAAAUCCAGUGAAACCAAUUAUCGAACAGACCUGUGCCAUAUGUUGCUUGACGAAAUCAUCCAAUGAAAUGGGUGGUCUUAAAUGUGGCCAUGUCUUCUGUAUUGAAUGUUGGCAGCAUUAUCUAAUUAGCAAAAUUAUGGAUGAAGGUAUCAGUGAAACAAUUUCAUGUCCGGCGAAAUGCAAUAUUCGAGUCGACGACAUAACUGUUCUCCAUAUCAUUGAAUCGCAGGAUGUACGUAGCAAAUAUCAGUACUUAAUUACAAAUUCGUUUGUACAAUGUAAUCGAAAAAUGCGCUGGUGUCCAGGAAAGAACUGUAAAAAUGCAAUCAAAGCAUUAUUAUCUUCGGGUGUGACUACGGUUACAUGCACUUGUCACACAUCUUUCUGUUUUCAAUGCGGUGACGAUGGACAUGAGCCAAUAAAAUGUGAAUGGUUAAGAAGAUGGCAUAAAAAGUGUCAAGAUGACGGUGAAACAAGUAAUUGGAUUGCUGCUAAUACGAAAGAUGCUAUUUUUGAAAUGAAUCAAGCCGAUUUACAACAUGCUACUGAAGAAUUGAGUGAUUUGUUGGAAAGAGAUGUAACGCUCACAAAAGAUAAUUUGAUUCAGAUGAGACAAAAGAUUCAAGAUAAAUAUCGCUAUUGUGAAGAUCGUCGUAAAGUUCUUGUGGAGUCUGUUAUAGAUGGUUACAAUAAAGAUUCUUGGUAA